AUGGCAGCCUCUGUAGAACCAGCAAACGAGAAAAGUGAUCAUCCACUUGAACUGGAACCUCCUCCCGAUUACAUUCAGUCUCGUAACGUAAUGUUCGAUCGACUCAAAGCAGAAUACGACUCAAUGAUAGCAGCUAAGGAGCCACACCCCAUAAAAGUGACACUCCCAGAUGGUAAGGUUAUUGAGGGACAAUCCAUGGCGACUACUCCAUAUGAUAUUGCUAGUCAAAUCAGUAAAGGAUUAGCAGACAACACAGUUGUAUCUAAAGUCAAUGGUGAAGUAUAUGAUCUUGAUAGACCAUUGGAAGGAGAUUGUAACCUUCAGCCUAAAUUUGAAGAUGAAGAAGCUCAAGCUGUGUUCUGGCAUUCCAGUGCUCAUGUUUUAGGAGAGGCUAUGGAGAGACAUUAUGGUGGCUAUCUAUGCUAUGGACCUCCUAUAGAUAAUGGAUUUUAUUACGAUAUGUAUUUAGAAGGAAGACAAGCCGUGCCCAAUGAUUUUGAUAAACUAGAACUUAUUAAAAAAGUUGUUAAAGAAAGACAGCCAUUUGAACGACUAGAAAUGAAGAAGGAAGACCUUUUAGAAAUGUUCAAGCAUAAUAAGUUCAAGCUACGUAUUUUGAAUGAGAAAGUGACCACACCUACUACCACAGUAUAUCGUUGCGGUACAUUAAUAGACCUUUGUCGUGGACCUCAUGUUCGUCACACCGGAAAGAUCAAAGCUUCAAUGAUUACCAAAAACUCAUCCACUUACUGGGAAGGAAAUUGUGAAGCUGAGUCUCUUCAACGAAUUUAUGGUAUAUCCUUCCCAGAUAGUAAAACAAGUUAGGAUUUUUUAAAAGAAUGGAAGACACUACAAGAAGAAGCUGCCAAGAGAGAUCAUAGGAAGAUUGGUCGAGAGAGAGAACUAUUUUUCUUUCAUGAUCUUAGUCCAGGGAGUUGUUUCUUCCCACGUGGAGCAUACAUUUAUAAUUCUCUGAUUGAAUUCAUUAAAUCUGAAUAUCGUCGUCGUGGAUUUCAGGAAGUUAUUUCACCUAAUAUUUAUAAUAGCAAGCUUUGGGUUACGUCAGGACAUUGGCAACAUUAUGCUGACAAUAUGUUUAAAUUUGACAUUGAGAAGGAGACUUUUGCUCUGAAGCCAAUGAAUUGUCCUGGUCACUGUUUAAUGUUUGAUCACCGUCCUCGAUCAUGGAGAGAACUGCCUCUUAGAUUGGCUGACUUUGGAGUUUUACAUCGUAAUGAGCUCUCAGGUGCGUUAUCAGUGACUCGUGUGCGAAGAUUUCAACAAGAUGAUGCUCAUAUUUUCUGUACUUUUGAUCAGAUAGCAGAUGAAAUUAAUGGUUGUCUUGAUUUCCUUAAAUGUGUUUAUGAUAUAUUUGGGUUCACAUACUCUCUCUAUCUUUCAACUCGUCCUGCCAAAUUUAUGGGCGAUCCAGCAUUGUGGGACAAAGCAGAGAAACAAUUAGAAGACUCACUCAAUGCAUUUGGUCAAGCUUGGAAACUCAAUCCAGGUGAUGGAGCAUUUUAUGGCCCUAAGAUUGACAUUGUUCUUAAUGAUGCUCUGAAACGUCCACACCAAUGUGCUACUAUCCAACUUGACUUCCAGUUGCCAGAGAGAUUUGACUUGACUUAUAUAACAGGAGAGAGCUGUGAAGAUCGAAAACGACCUGUUAUAAUUCAUCGAGCUAUUCUUGGCUCUGUAGAGCGUAUGAUUGCUGUUUUGACUGAGAGCUAUGGUGGAAAAUGGCCCAUUUGGUUAUCCCCACGUCAAGUAAUGAUAGUUCCUGUUGCUGCAAAGUUUGAAGAAUACACUCUUCAGAUUGAGUCUGUCUUCAAUGAAGAUGAACUCGAGAAACUUCAGGGAAGUCUAGGACUGGAGUCGCAAGAUCUAGAGCUUGUUUUAGAAACGGCAGUUUUUGUAUUUCAACAAGAGCGAUCAGACAAGAUCAGAAUGGAUUUCACCCACACAGAAUUAUAUCACUUCUAUGACAAGCUUGAAUCCAUUCAAGAACAACUAGACUCUCUUACCUAA